GAGUUUUCUGUGUUUUUAAAUUAAAGUUUAAAGUUGAAUUUUAUUCGAAUAUCAAGGUUGGGUUUUUUUCCCUCCCUUUUUUUUGAAGUAAAUAGAAAGUGUUACAAAGGCAGCCUUGCAAUGUUCUUCAAUGUAGGGUGAUCUGGUAGAGGUUUCCGUUCAGCUUUACAUUAUUAAUGUGAUGACGAACGGAAAAUGCUGCAAUUAGCUGUGAUCAGCAGUCAUUUUUAACCUAUAUUACCAUAUUUACUCUUCAUUAAACUUUUAUAAUCUCUCAUUAAAUUCGAUAAGAUUGUUUGAGCAAAAGCAAAAACUUAUAAAAGAAGACGUACACGUAUACACGAAUAAACGAAUAAAGAGCGCAUUACAAAAAUGAACAUCAAAUAAUAUUACAUAAAAAAUGUUAAGAGCUAACUGGAUUUUUAAUGAGCGUCGAUGCCGUAAAUUAGUUAAUUAAUAGAGCUCAAGUUACAUUCCAGGUCACAGUCUGAAGCAUUUAAAAUGAAUUCAAAACCUAUACAAAUUUUAAAAUUGAUUUUUUCAGUUUUACUUUUCAAUAAGCGAUGCUCUUCAUUGAGGCAAUCUGAUGGUCUCGCCGAACAAUUUUAUUAUAUAGCAGGUGUAGCAGAAUUUCGCCCGGAAGCAAUUGGUACGACCGAUGCUUUAAGCACCCAUCUGCAAGCUUAUAAAGAGAUGAUAGGAUCAGUUGAAGCGGAAGACGUUGAUAUUAUAGUGUUUCCUGAAGGAACGUUAAAUAAGGAUUUCCAGCUGACGUAUGUACCUUCGAAGAAGGAUAACGUUAUACCUUGCUCAUUGUCCGAGGAAGACAAUAUUUAUGCUGAUUUUCUCGUCGAAUUAUCAUGUGCAGCGCAGAGAUUUAAAAAAUAUUUAGUGAUUAAUUUAACGGAAAAGGAAAUUUGUUGGAUAAAUGCCAAUGAUCCGCGCCCAUGUUCUCACAAUGGCUUAAAUAUUUUUAAUACAAACGUGGUGUUCGAUCGCGAUGGUCGCGUGAUAUCGAGAUAUCGGAAAACCCACGUUUAUGUCGAAAAUAAGAACACCAGCUACGAGCAGGAAUAUGGUAUAUUUGAGACGGAUUUUGGGGUGCGUUUUGGACAUUUUAUAUGUUUUGAUAUUCUGUUUUAUACGCCCGCUCAAGAGUUGGUGGAACGAUUUGGUAUAACGGAUAUAAUAUUUACAAGCAAAUUUUACUCGGAGCUGCCUUUCUUGACCGCGGCGCAAUUGCAAAUGGGUUGGUCAUGGGGUAAUAAUGUCAAUUUGCUAGCGGCCGGCGCUAGUUAUCCCGUAAAUGGCAGUACGGGUUCUGGUAUAUAUGCGGGUGAAAAUGGAAUUUUAGUAUCAGUUAUGGUUACGGGGAACGUGGGAGAAAGAAAGCUGUAUAAAGCAAAAGUACCCAAAAGGAAUUUAAAUAUUUCUCUAUCUAACUUGACUUCGUCAACCAUGACUGCGUAUAAUUUGCCAAAAUACUUGCGUUUAUUAAAGGAUCCUCAGAUUGAAAAUUUCAAUUCGAUUUUGUUGAAUUUUCAACAAGAAACCGAUAUGGAUGGAAAGACCUUAUGCCAUGGAAACCUAUGCUGUCAAUUCAACAUAAGCACGUCGACAAUGAAUUCUUCGAUGCCUAAUUAUUACUAUCGUUUAGGUGUUUUCGAUGGCAAGCGUACAUAUGAGAAAAAAGAGUGGAACAAUAUAAAAAUAUGCUCUUUGUACGCUUGUGUUACUGAGUCUGUUUCCAGUUGUGGUGAACUAUCGACGCCUGGUAAUUUGAAUUCUUCUGCAGUAUUUCUAAGCAUUUCAAUAAAGGGCUUAUUCAAGAGAUCGAAACACCUUCUAAUAAUGCCCAACAGUUUGAAAAGCAAUUUGCUGCCGGUUCCAGCCAGUAAAAUAAACUGGUCAAAAUCGCUCCAAGGGGAUUCAUACGAGGUCUCCCAUCAGCUAACAUCGGAAACUGAUAAUUUAUUGACUUUUGGUAUUUAUGCCAACUACUAUGAGGGUAAUGCAGCGGAAAGGAUGCACCUUUCUUAUUUUCGUAAAUUUUACUUUUUGAUCAUGCUUUAUGGGUUUACUGAUUCCAGUUGCAUAAAUUUCCAAACAACGGAUAAAAAGAAAUGUGUCAUGAUUGAAAAUACUCGUGAAGCUGAACAGUGA